AUGUAUGAUCAUGAUCUACAGACGCUACUUGAUAAUAUUCGACUAGACGAGAGUUCAGUGAACCCGCAACUCAAUGAGACCAUCGCCCGCCUCUUACGCAAUGGCUUGAAUUACACUCAGUUUGAGUCAGUCAUCGACCAAGUCCUUCAGCCAUCACUUCAAGAGGUGCAAAGGAAAUUCAUUCUAGAUAAUGUUCUUAUACCAUCAAACUCAUAUUUAUUACAAGAUAGGCUCCUCUUGAAGAUUAUUGCCUGUGUGGGCCCGUCCGAAGUGUACUAUAGGAAUGGAGUGGCCUGUAAACUGAGAAGAAUUGCGUCUCAGUGCCAGGUUGAUAUUUUGCGAUGGCUUGUUCAUAGCAUUCCGUAUUUUGGAAGACUGUCGUUCCGUCUACUACGAAGCUGUUAUCCCAUUCUCUUCAAAUUACUCACACACGAACAAAGCCGCCCAAUGAUCACCACUUUGAUCAUAAUUGGCGCUGUUCUGCUCGAAGUCGAUACAAUGAUAUCAUUUAGGGAAUGGCAUUCGGGGCUCAUUGAUGACCUACUUGCAAAGACACCCUCAGAUCCUUCCUUACAUUUGCUACGGUGGGUGAUGCAAAAAGCGGCCAAACCCAAACACAAUGACUCGAAUUCUUCGGCUGCAACAAUCACAAAAGAAGACUUCGAGGCUGGUUUCAUUUGGCGUGGAAACGGAUCCUUUGAGGCUGUCAAUGCGACUUCUUCUCCAUUGUCACAAGAUAUCCAAGCAGUUUACAAAAGAAUUCUGGCACUAUCAGACCAGUUGAGGCUGGAAUCGUAUAUGCGCAAAAGAACAAAGUUGUCUACCGAUGACCCAGGUGGGCUCUUAGCAAAGGACUCGCAUCUAGAGAAGCACAUUGACAAUUUGUGUACGGGUAUGACUGACAAUGACUUUAUUUUCAGAUUGAAAUCGCCCGAGUACCAUACAAACUACAUUCAACUCUGCUUGAAGCUAGUAUACCAUGGUUAUCAGUCGGAGGAGGCAAUCAAGCUUUUAAAGAUUCUCGAAAACCUAAUCCUACAAGAUGUGGAACUGGAUAGAUUGGAUUCCGACAUUAUUUCUCGACUAGCGAUAUUUGGGAUCUUUCACCAAGAAAGUUUCGCUCUGGAUUUGCUCAGCAGACUUGGGAAACGCCCCCGUUUAAAGGGCCUGGCCCUUUUUAAUUUUCAAAUGUCAAUAAUCCCACAUUUGCCUCUUGAUGGGGCCUCAAGAUUGUUAGCCUCCUUAAUCGAAGAUUUCUCACAUAGUUUAUCGAUCCAACACUUUGGUCACCUCGUUGACAGUGCCUCAAGUUUGAUUUGCAAGCUUGCCUAUUCUUUGAGUCGUGAUGAAAAUUUGACGUCGAAUAUGGUUAAUUACCAGGCAAUUCUGGAUAUUCUUCAUGGGAUCUACGGAUUCACCGGAAUGAAUUGGACCAAUCUCGACUUAAGAGCCAAGUUGGUGUUCACAUGUUUGUUGAGAUCUCUACCACUCUUCCAUUCGAAGGUCGACUCGUCUCUGAAUGAAGCUCUGUACAUGGUUCCUCCUGGAAAUUUGACCUAUCUGAUUCUUCUAGCGUCAAAUCCGUUGUUGGUAUCAGAAACUCUUGGGUACAUCUCGUACUUGAAAACGAUACGUUUUGAGGACAGAAGCUCGAGUUGCAAGCAAUUGAUCAAUGCGUAUGUAUACGAUAGUGUAAACUUUAUCUGGAAGGAGCUUGCAUUCCGGCAGGAGCCCGGAUCCUUUAACAAGGGCAUGUUUUUGCACCCUGUAUUUAUUGAAAAGAUGGGAAGCCUCAAUUUUUUCGGAAGUUCAGAAUUUCUCCUGAUCAAGAAUCUUGGAGGACUAUCACGAAAUCCUGCCUUCGCAUAUCUAUUCGCUGAGGCAGUAUGGUCGCUUGAGGAUGGACAAGGGGACAUAUCAAUGAGACAUCCAGGACCGCUCUCAGAGGACUCUGUGCUUCGGCUCCAACGGAAUGCUGAUGUUCUGUGGAUAAACAUGAGCCAUUCAGAUAUCAAGACUCUCGUUUUGCAUACUUUGGUCGAAGUUGGAUUGGAAGGGCUUGGUCAAUUCUUAUACUCCUCAGUGAGGUCAUUGAAAGAGCUAAAAGAAGAAGCUUUCCGAAGUGAUUCCCAAUAA